GGGACGGACGGAUGUCUUUCUGAAGCUGUCCCAGUCAGUUUCACAAAACAACAUAGUACUGAAUAAGUUAGCAAAGUGUGGCGUGGAGCUAUAUUUCAGUGGCAUAUCAUUUAAAAUCGUCCCAGAACAACUAUAAAAAUCCGAACAGUGAACAACAUAAAAGAGCGGCGCUGAAGAGAGCCUCCUGAUCCAAGGACAGGGAUAAUUGUCCACCUGCAUUCCCCAUGGAGUCAUACAGAGUGACGAGCAUUCCCAACACUGGCCCACAGCGGGUCUACACUCAGCCUGCGCGCUCCUCCAGGACAAACAGUAAUGAGACUGGUAGCUAUGGGCUCAGCAUUCGUGUCCAAGGUAUUGAUGGACACCCCUAUGUAGUGUUAAACAACCAGGACAGGGGUCCGCCUCCUUACAUUGAUCCUAACAGCAAUGGAUUUGUUGACACAGAAGGCUCUUUCAUUGAGAACUAUCAUGAGUAUGAUUUCAGAGGCAGCACAGAGGCUGGCUCAAACAGUCCCUUUGGGGAGUAUAGAGCUCAGAUGAUGAUGCAACAUUCAGGUCUUCAUAACGGCCUCUUAGAUUCACAGGGAAAAAAAUCUUCCACCCUUUUGAACUUUCAAAAACACCCUGAGAUAUUACAACCAUAUGAUCCGGAAACCAACUCCCUAAAUUUCCACAGUUUACCGUCCAGACCUAUGUCUCAAAAUUCUUCCUCCAAAUCUUCAGUCCACAGUUUGUCCCAAUCCAGGUCUUCCAGUCUGGAUCAUAUUCAGUCUCCACAGCCUCCCACCUCCAUUGAUUCAGCGGCUGCUAAACGUCAGCCUCUGCCCUCCUCUAAGAUGGCACAACCGCAGGUCGCCCAGCCACAGUCCAAACCACGCAGCACAAACCUCAAUGCCCCUCAGGCCUUGUCCCAGCCUUCAGCAGUGAGCAGUGCCAAUGCCAGUCUAGACCACACCCAUUAUGAACCAGAUGUCCUCCCUUUGAGGCGAACAGACUCCAGUGGACCUGUUCUUCAGACUUCACGCUCCCGCCACUCCUCCUCAUCCUCCACAAACACCUCCAAAACACAUUUAGAUGAGCUAGACCCCUUAUUUACUGACGCCAUCAAUCGACAUCAAAACCGGCGUUACAUCCCUUUCCUCCCUGGUUCAGGUAGAGACAUUGAUACAGGCUCCAUCCCUGGAGUUGAUGAGCUGAUUGAAAAGUUUGACAGCAGCCAGCAAAGGAGAGGUCGGGCCGGACGCAGGAACAGGAUCAACCCAGAGGACCGCAAACGUUCCCGCAGUGUGGACAGCGCCUAUGGUUUACGUGAUGGCUCCAGCUACAACAGGGGUACUUCCAUGGAGCAUGUCCUCAGACCGUCUCAGCUGAGGAAGUCUGUGAGUGGUCAGGACUCAUGGAUCACCAAUGUCGAUUGUAAAACGGACUCCAGGCCUUCAUCUCGAACAACCAGUGAACCAGGAUCCCCCCAAAGCACUGUCUCCAAAAAUGUGAGCUCCAUCCAGGGAUACAGAAACCCACAAACGCGUACCUCAUACACUCUUAAGAGUGAAGGGGGAUCCUCCUCCUCUCCCAAGAUUUCUUUGGCUACUUUGACAACUUCACUGUCUAAAUCGUCUGUAACAGCAAACAAGAAGAUGAGCUCAGAGACUGAUGUUCAUGUGACACCUGAUCUUUUGAAAGGUCAACAAGAGCUAUCACAACAAACACAUGAUGAGACUGCUAAACAAAUCCUCUUUAAUUACCUCAAAGAUGGAAGCAACGAUAAUGAUGAAACGACUAAGAGGAAGGUCAACCUCGUCUUUGAGAAGAUUCAAACAUUGAAAUCCAGGGCUACAGCCAGUGCUCAAGGCGACAACAAUACUGUAGAAAUUACUGCACAAACCCGAGCCUUACAAGGACAGAAUGCUGAGCUGGAAAAAGAAGUGUCCAAACUCAGAAAUCAACUGGAAGAACAAACGAUGAAGAAACAGUCUGAGAGACGAUUAACAUCAAGUCUGAAGGACCUUCAGCUUGAGCAACAGAAGAGUGAAGAGGAAUGCAAACGUCUUAAAGAGAAACUGGCCAAAGCAGAAACAGAGCUCCAGACCACAGUCGAAGAGCUCUUCCAGGUGAAGAUGGAGCGUGAACAGUACCAGACCGAGAUCCGAGACUUGCAGGACCAGCUGUCAGAGAUGCACGAUGAGCUCGACACGGCAAAGAAGUCAGCUGCUGAUGGCGAGAGACACGCACUGAUGACGGACUUGAUGCAGUUGAGGGCUGAGUUACAGCAGACUUUGUUGGCUAAGGAGGACCAGGAAGAGCUGUUGCACCGACGGGAGCGUGAGCUGACUGCUCUGAAAGGCGCCUUGAAGGAGGAGGUGUCUGCUCACGAUCAGGAGGUGGACAAGAUGAGGGAACAGUACGAACAGGAGAUAAGCAGACUGCAGGCCACUUUGGAGGAGGCCAAGCAGAGCAGUGCAGCCGUGGUCCGGGAGAAGGCUGAAGUGGAGGCGGCCAAGGGCGCCGUAGAGGGCCAGGCGGGGCGUCUGACUCAGGAGGCCGAGAGACUGCGCAGGCGGACGCAGGAACUGGAAAACGAAGUGGCCAAACUCAACAGAAUCAUCGACGACGCCAAGCUACAGGAGAGCCGCCUCACGGACAGAGUGGCACGACUUGAGAGAGAAAAGAAACAACUGGAGGAGUCGCUGGCUGAAAUUAAAGAACAAGAAGAAGAGAUGUCACGUGCGAAUCGAGCGCUGACCAUUCGACUAGAGGAUGUCCAGAGGAACUUGACAAAAGUGACCAUUGAACAUAAGGACCUAGAGGAGCGGUUACAAGAAGAGCGGACCCAAAAGGAACAGUUUAAAAACAUGAAAAAUGACAUUGAAGAUGAGAGAAGACUGCUGGACAGAACUGUGGAAAAACUUCAGAAAGAGAUGAAUGACAUUGUAGAGGCUUCACAGUCAUCCACCCGUGAACUACAAGAGCAGAUAGAUAUUUACAAAGAAAAGAAUCGACGUGAACUGACCGAGCUGCAGAGACUAUUGAAGGAGCGAGGCCAAGAAGUGGACAAAUAUCUUCUCACUACAAAAACGCUACAAGAGGAGUUGUCUCACAAAGAGGAAGACCUGCGGCGCUGUCAGAAAGAACGGGACGAAGCCAUCCUCAGGAAGGAGACUUUGGAGAAAAGGGUUCAUGAUCUGGAAACAGAGGCUGAAACUCGUGUUCACACAAAAGAAGAAACAACCAGACAGAUAAAACUGCUUGAGGACAGAGUGGCUCAGCUCGAGUUGGACCUGGAUGAAGAGCGUCAGAGUGGAGACCACCUGAUGGACAGAAUAGACAGAGGACGAGAACAGGUGGAGCAGAUGAGGAAUGAACUCCUGCAGGAGAGGGCCAGCAGACAGGACCUGGAGUGUGACAAGAUGGCUCUGGAGAGACAGAAUAAGGACCUUAAAAGUAGAGUUGCACAUUUAGAGAGCUCUCAGAAGUCCAACAAAGAGGGCCUGAUAUCCCAGUUGGAGGGGCGCAUUCAGGAACUGGAGGAGCGACUUGAAGCAGAGGAAAGGGAGCGUGGUAACCUGCAGCUGGUGAAUCGGCGACUGGAGAGGAAGGUAAAAGAAAUGGUGAUGCAAGUUGAAGAGGAACAAAACACUUUGCAAGAUGAAAAGAACCAGUUGAACCUGCGUCUCAAAGCCUUAAAGCGUCAGAUGGAUGAGGCCGAGGAGGAGAUUGACCGUCUGGAGAACAGUAAGAAGAAACUGCAACGUGAGCUCGAUGAUCAACAGGAGACCAACGAGCAUCUCCAAAGCCAGCUGAAAGCCAUAAGAAGCGAGAUGAGGCGUAAGAGCAGCUCCGCACCUCUCCUCAACACUCUAGACGACGACGAUGACGAUGAUGACAUUAGCACUGAUGGAGAGACAUACUUCAGCUCCACCUCGGGGUACAAGCGCUCCUCCAGCCAGGACAACAUCAUCUCCACAUUUGCUAUGUAAAUGGGACCAAACCAUAGACUAUAACAAACUAGGCAAACAGCUUGAUGUGUAAAACAUGCUGAUGUUAUACCUGCAAGCCUAUCAGAAAAUUCAGGGACAAGUUGAAAUAUAAGCGUGUUGAAAAUCUCAUAUACACGUUAUAAUCCUGGAUCAAGCUCAUGAAAUUUGAUUUGUUCAGUAUUACUGGAUUUAAAUGUUGUACCUUUCUUCUUACAAUAUGUGUAUAUCUCAAAUUGAAUAUUGGUUUUCACAUGUUUUUGUUCAUUUUUCUCAAGAAUGGAUUACACAUUAUCUGUUAAUGAUUAUUUUAGCUGUAGUAACUUGAACACUUCUAAAUGCACUGUAAACCAACACAGGCCCUUUCUGCUUUUUAACAAAAUGAAGUAACUAGCCCCAUGAUUUUAUACCUAUCAAAUGUGCAACAUUUAUUACAUGUAUUAUUGUGUAUGAUCUGCUUUUAUAAAUGACAAGCAUUCCACAUUGUUUUUAUAGAAUGAAGUUUAAUUCUCAUGAUAUGAAGUAAGAAAGAAUUUAUUUAUUCAUGGUUUUACAAAAGCCUCAAACAUUUUGGUUUAUGUUUCGGGAUGAGUAGUGAGAUAUGGAUUUGUACACAUUCAUUUUAUAUAUUUUUAUACACCAUGCUAACUCUCCAAUCAAUAUGCAAUAUUUGAAUUUAGCUGCAUAAACAAUUUUGACUUUUAUUUCUGUGAUUUAUUUUAAUUAUUUUACAUUUUAGCUGUUACAAGGCCAACAUCAAAUGCAAUCUGGGAAUAAUGCCAUUAUGGCGUACACUAAAAAUAUAAUGGUGAAAUUUUA